AGAACAGUUGCUGACUGUUUAAAAAAACAGAUAGAAGUCAAACCUGAAACAUUUCAGUCGGCAACAGUUUACUUUAGUGACAUUCAGGGUUUUACAGAUCUUUCUAGUGUCAGUGAGCCUAUUGAGGUAAUUUUUUUAAGCUUAUCUACUUUACUGUUAGAUUGUCGACAAGACUACAAUUUUGACUCAUUAAAUGGAAGUAUUUUCCUCAAAUUUUGGUGAGAAACAAUAUUUGUUAAUUCUAAAAUAAAUUUUUGCUAUAUCAUUAUAAGUAUAAGAAUAAGAAAAUAAUAAAUUGAAGUCACAAAAAUGGGAAAAAAACAACAACUCAUUGUCUUUCAACCAAUUAGACAUUAGAUAAUUAUAGAUGUUACUGUUUGAAUACACAUUUAUAGCACAAUAGGUACUUGAAGUGGAGCAAAUGAAAUAGUUAUGUUAAAUUACAUCUUGAUUCCCUUUGACAUAGCUUGGUUAUUUUAAGUCAAUUUCUAUAUUAUUUUUUUGUAAUCAACAUCUUUGAAAAUUAUCAAUAAGUCUUUUUUUCAAAAUAUUUAUCAGCUAUUCAGCUAACAGGUGAAGCAUCUCAUUAUUCUCAUUGAAAUCUCAAUUAUUGUCAUUAUUUCUUAACAGAUAGUCAACUUCCUUAAUGAUGUUUAUUACAAGUUUGACAGCAUUCUGGAUAAAUAUAAUGUGUACAAAGUAAAUUUAAACUUUUUUAAAAAUUGAUUAAAAUCAAACUUUAAUUAACAAAGUUUUCCAUUAUUUGACUACAGUGAUUAUUUCAGGGAUCUAAUGAAAAUUUUUUUUAAAAGGUUAAAUAUACUUUUUUAACACCUUUAAAAAUAAAUAAUAUGUUCAAAACAAUGUAAAUAAUAAUGUGAAUAAUUGAAAUCAAUUAUUUUUUUAAUAAGGCUCAUUUAAAAAAAUUAAUUUUAUAAUCUGGUUUAAAAUUCAAUUAAUUAAUGAGUUUUAAUAUUUGCAGGUUGAAACUAUUGGGGAUGCUUAUGUUGUUUGCAGUGGUGUGCCAGUUAGAGUUGAGAAUCAUGCUGAUGAGAUUGCCAAAAUGGCUCUACACAUUAUGUAUAGUUCUGCUGACUUGAAGGUUCACCAUCGGCCUGAACACAAGUUUCAUAUGAGAAUAGGAUUGCAUAGUGGUAAAUAA